GAUCAGUUGUCAGCAUCAGUUGCAGCUAAUCAGCCGUCGUCGUCAAUUCAUUAGCGCGAGUCUCGCAAGAAACUAAAACAACCGCCCAAACGCCCAGCCAUGUUCCGCUUCGUGUUCGCUGCUGCCCUGCUCGUGGCCACCGUUGCCGCCGGACCGCUCGAUCGGGCCUACUCGCACCAGCAAAACCCGGACGCACACGCCCAGAUCGUGGCGUACGAGAAUGUGCUGAAGGACGAUGGACACUACAACUGGAGCUACGAGACGAGCAACGGUAUCGCCGCCCAUGAGGAAGGUCUCGGAGCGCACAACGCCAACGGUGCCUUCUCGUACACCGGUCCCGAUGGUGUGCUGUACCGCGUGGUGUACGUGGCCGACGAGAACGGAUUCCAGCCGCAGGGUGACCAUCUGCCGACGCCGCCGCCGACGCCCGAGCACGUGUUCAAGACGCUCGAGCAGAUCCGCGCCAACCCGCCCAAGGACCAGAAGGACUUCAGUCUGGAGGCGCUCGAUGCCACCCUCGCUCGGCUGCGACAGCACUAAGUGGCUGUUGGGGAUUGGAAACUUGGAACCGUUUUGGACGUCAUUAGCCAACAUUCAUCAUUCAUCAUUGAAGGUCCUGUGCUGAGAAGACAGGACAGCCAUGAAUCAUUGGAUCACCAUUUCACCACGCAAUAGGCUUAAGUAGAAAAAUUGAAUUUCGUUGUUGAACUGUUUGUUAUCGAAUCGGUAAUGAAAUAAAACCGGUGUUAAAUAUUAUAA